AUGUUCUACGGGUAAUAAGAUAUUCAUUCUAUUCAAGAAAAUCAAUUUUAAUAGUCGUAACUGUAGCAGGAUUAAUAAUAGCCAUAGUAGUAGUAAUAAUAGCAAUAAUAAUAAUAAGCUGUAUUAGUUGAAUAAAACCUAAUUGAUUAAAAUGGGAAAAUGUUAAGAUAGAAUUAGGACACAGAUCUAACUGAUUCUAGAAAACUAAAAGAGUAAAAUUAUCAGCUAGCAAAUGAAUAAUUUGCAUAAAUUUAGAAGCAACAAAAAGCAUCAUUGAGACCAUAAUCAGCAGGGGGAAAUUUAAUUUCUUCUAUGUAAUUUUAGCACUAAAAUCAAUAACUUUAUCAACAAAUGAACAAACAAGCUGCAUUAGAAUAAUAAUAAAGGUAACUGUUGCAAUAAUAAAGACAAUUACUAAAUCAACAGAAGUUAGAGCAAUAUAGGUUGUAGCAAUAAGAAGAAGAAGAGUAUGAAGAACAACAAGUGCUAUUAUAAUAGUAAAAAUAGGAGUAAAUUUUAUAGGAAUAAUAGUUAUAAUAAUAGCAACCGUUACCUUAAAAUUCAUCUUAGCUAAAAUAAAAUGAAUAAAAUAAUAGCUUAGUAGAAUAGAUAGACGAUGCACUAAUUGAUUUGAAAAUUGGGUUGGUGCAAAGUUCAAUCACAAAGUUCGAAAAUAUAAUACAAAAAGCACUGAUAGAAUUUUCUGAUGAAUAAUUUGCUAAGACAUUUAUAAAAAUCGUCAAAAAGUUAAACUUUAUUUCUAUUGAUUAUCUAAACUAAGGUGACAUAAGUUCUUCUUUGAAAAUUCUAACAAAAUGUGAGCAGUGGACAUAGCCUUCUGAUUUUGGCUUCUUUCCUGAUAUGAGGGCCCUUACUUUAAAUCAUAUUGGCUGCACACACAGAAGAUAAAACAAUUUUAAGAAAGCCAUGCUCUUCUUCGAAUAAGCACUUAAAAUAUUACUGAAUGCAAAUCAAAGAAGUUAUUUAGGGAUUACUUAUUUGAAUUUAUCAGCUUUAUGCUCAUAAAUAGGGUAACACAAAAAGGGACUUGAAUAUGCUAGAAUGGCAUUAGUAGAAAGUUAGCAUGAAUUUAUGCAGCUGGUUAGGAGCCAAUCUCACAAAAAAUUUCAAGGACAGCUAAGAUUUAAGAAUAAUGAUUCUUAGGGAAACUUGUAGGAUGAAAAUUUAAAUGAUAUAGACGAUGAGGAGGACUUAGAUUACUAAAAUAAGAUCAACACUUUAGUUAUUAGCUAUCACAAUAUAGCAGCAGAAGAAGAAUACUUUCUCAAUUACGAAGAAGCUCUUAUUCAUUAUCAAAAUUCAGUAAACACUUCAGAAGAGUAUUUGGGUUCUUAGAGUAAAAUUACGUAGCAUUUUAAGCAGGAAUUUUCAAAAUUCUCAUAAAGGUAUGCUCAUUUCAAAGUUCAUAAUAAUGGAGUAAUGGUAGGCGGAGCAGGGCUUUAUCCUCAAUAUUAAAAUCAGCUAUUUUCAAAUACAGAUUAAUUUUUUGUUGUGUAAAUACCUAAAGGCAUGUAUUAAAUCUCUGAAGGAAAGAAAACCAGAAUACUUUCUGCAAACGGAAAGAGAGUAAUCAGAAAAAAAUCUUCUAAAAAAAAUAAGAAGAAAAUGAUAAUGAUCUCAAAUGGAAACAAUAUUCCACUUGGAUUUAAACAAGCAAACCUCUCUCCUUACUUGUAGCCAGUAAUUCCUUUAGAAUAAGUUCAAAAUCACCCUUAGAUAAGUUAAUAGCAAGCCUAUUAUGGUAUCAAUGGAUAUACUUAGGUAAAUUCUUAAAAUAAUACAAACAACCAAACAAUAUUGAGUUAGAAAGGGAUAACUCCUGGUAGCAGUAGCAGUAAUCUGAUGAAUUCGGCAGCUAAUUAUUAGAAUAUUUCCAUAAGCAAUGCUGUAAAUCCGAUGAAUUCAACAAGUGUUGGUUUGAUUUCUUCUUAAUCUACAAAGGCCAUUAAUCGCCCUAUGAGUGCUGCAUAUGAUAGUUAUUAUAAUAACCAACUAAAUACAACUACUAAAUCGAAUAUGGUCAAUACUUAAAGGACUAAAUCGCCUCUUGUCAUGAGAAGUAUGGUUCCUUCUUAAUAAUUAUCUCCAACAAAAUAUCAGUAGUAGUAGUAGUAGUAGUAAACAAAAAAAAGAAAAAUUUUGUCUAGUAAGAGCAAGGGACUGAAAAUAAGCAGUAAUAAUUUAGAUUAUAUUGCUCCUUUUUAUGAAUCAAGAGGUAAUCUAUCUUAUAAAAGUAAUGUUCCUUUGCUUUCUUCAUAAACCCCAACAAUGGGAACAUAAGUAUCUCCUUCUUUAGCACUACCUUUUUAUCCUUAAACAACAGUGAAUACUCCAAACCAAUAAAGUAUUUAAUCAAAUUUCUCAAACAAAGCUCUAUUUGGAUCAGGUUCAGUUAAAAAUAUGAACCCUAUUUAUUAAGACUAAAACUCGUUCUAAAGCUAAAGAAAACUGAUAACAUUUUCACAAAAUUAGAGUGUUUCUAGAUAAUUGACUUCUGAAUUCCCUCAGAAUGAUUAGACUUUUUACAAAACAAGUAGAUAAAAUAGCAAUUCGAAUGCCUCAGAAUUAGUCCAAAAUAAUAACUAGGUAGAGACUUUGUCAAGGAUACAGCUUUUAGAAAAUUUAAAGUAGUAGUAUUAGAGAGCUUAAAGUAAUGUAUAAAAUAUUCAGUAGAAAAUACAACAAGAGAUGCAGAAAAAUGAUAAUAAUUAUGUACCUAAUCAAGCUUUCGGGAAUUCAACUUUAAAUUAGAAUAAUAUGUUUGAUCAAAAUUUUAUGCAAAGAAAAUACUCGUCUCACAACGGACUUGGAUAAAUUAAUCAUAAGAAAACUCCCUCUUCUGCAUCAAAUUAAAACUACUAAAACCAAUAAAAUUAAAUUUAGCAACAAAUAGGGUAGCCGCCUUACUCUACCUUAACUAAGAGAUAGCAAGAUAAAUUUGUAAUUAGAAAUCCAAAAAUUUCUCAGAUUGCUGCAGGAAACAAUAUAAAAAAGGAUUAAUAAAAUAAAUAAAACAAUUUAUAAAAUAAUAGUAACUAAAAUAUCUCUAAGCAAUCAUCACAUAAUGAUUAAAUUGAUGAGGUUUAAUAAUAAAAUAUACUAAUCUAGAAUAAUAGUGAAGGUAUUGCUUAAUCGAUACAAAUGUAGUAAUAAUAUAAUCCUAGUAAUAUAUAUAAUCAAUAAAUAUAAUAAUUAAAUAAUACAAACACAGAUUAAUUAUAAAAUUAGUAAAACAUUUAAAUGAGUUAAAGUGUUUUACUAUAGCAAUAACAGCAGCUAUUAUUAUAGCAGUCUUCUUAAUAAGCUAUUGAAAUUAUUCUUGAAAUUCCUCGAAUUUAGCUGAAAGAAUUGAGAGAUCCUAAAUUCAAAUCCUUUGAAGGAACUCUUAAAUUUACUCUCAACAAGCAAAGAUUUUUUAUUUCUAUUUAAUUUGAGUGUGAAAAACUAAGCAAUUUAACUAUUGAGCAUUAUAUUAAUGUAAGUGAUAUUUUCCAUACAAAAGAUUAUGAUUACUCACAAAUUUAGCAAUUAAUGCUUGCUUUCUGUAAUGAGAUAACUAAAUAUUUAUAUGUAAACCUCUUGUAAGAGUGUUUGAGUAUCAAUUUCCAGCCUUUAUAGUCUGCAUUAAAUGCCAACAAUAAUAAUAACAAGAACUCUAAUAACAGCGACAAUAACCUUAAUACUCAAACUUAAAAUAUUCAAAAUAUGAUAUUUUUCGACAAAGUCCCAAUUAAGCUGGAUUUAAAAAAUGUAUAGAGAGAGCUAGAUAUUGUUGUUAAAAAUAAUUCAGAAAGUAUUUUAUUACUUUGCGAUGAUCCAUUAACAGCUAUGGCACUCAGGAUGCAAGAAAAUACAUAAAAUAUCCAAUAAGUUGGUGAAGACGAUAAUAUUAAACCUCUAGUUAAUACUUAUUUGAUGUAGAUCUAAAGUGAUCAGGGGGAUUUAGGAAAAAUAGAUCAAAGCUAAGAUUCGAUUACACCAAUCAUACUUGAUCCAAAUACUCUGAUGGAUCAAAAUCUAUAGGACUACUCUGAUGGUUACAAAGAUUUUUAAUUGUAGAAUCCAUAUUAAAAUAGCAGGAAUAAACAUAACAAAAUGAAUGGUAAGUAGAAUAUUUAUGCAGGAAACGAUAUGAUUCCAGAACUUGAAGAAGCUGACACAUUUUCUUAAAUGAGAAAUAAUAAUGCUCCUUAUAAUAACAAUGGAAGUAGUACUAUCAGCAAACAAAAUCAGAAUUAUGAUGGUUAAGCAAAUAAAGAUAAUAAUUUAAAUGAUAAUUAUGAUGAGGAAAUCUUAGAUGAUAUCCAAGACUACGGAGACGAUUUCGAAGAUAAUUUUGAGUAGCAAGUUAUUAAUGCCAAAUAAAAGAGCACAAAUAAAGGAUUAGGAUCAUCAAGACCGAAAAGCUCAUACAAGAACAGAGCUGUACAAGAAAAAUAAAUAAAAAAUGAGGAACCUUAAGAUGAAUUGGAAAAGGGGGUUGGAUAAAGUAAAUAUGGGUUUUAAAACAUUUACUAAUUAAAAAAAUAGCAGCAAAGAGAUAAUCGAUUAUCUUAAAUUGAGAAUGAAUUCGAUAUACCUAAUGAUGAUGAAAGAUUUGGUAAACAGAAACUUGACAAUUUUGAGUUUGAAGAUAUUGAUAAAGAUUCAGCUUUUUAGCAGAACAAAAACGAGUAAAGAUUUGAUGAUUCUGCUAACUAGAGUUUGGAAUAGAUAACACAUACUAUGGAAAAUGGAAAUAACAGCGGAAGAAAGCAUAGUACAUUUAAAUCUAUGAAGGAUUCUACACCUAAAAAUGAUAUUGAUGUUAAUAUCUAUAAAGUAGAUAAUAAGAUAAGAGAUAGCAGUGCAAAAAACUAGAGCUUUGGAGAAGAUUUAACUUCAUCGAAAGGCAAAUAGUCAACUUAAAACAGGAGAAAUACCCCUCCACCAAAGAUAGUUAUUAAUAAUGGAUUUGAUAAUGAGGAUCCGUAUAUAGCUUAUGACAGUGCUUAGAACGAAGAGAAAUAAUAAAAAGAAAAAGAAGCUUAGGAGGCGAAGGAAGAGUUUGAAAAAUUGAUACAAGAAAAGGGAGAAAAAAAGGUUGCUGAUGCUGCCACAUUUAUUCAGUUAAAAUAUAAAAAGAAGAAAAAUUUGAGCAAUGAGCAUCCUCCAGAUAAUGAAAGUAAGGACUAAUAGAAUUAGCAAUAAAAGUAACAAGUUGAAGAAGAACCACCAAUAGAAAUAAAUGAUGAAAACAGAUAAGAUUUUGAGAAAGCAGCUAAUUUGAUUGGAUCUAAAUUUAGAAUGAGAUAAAAAAACAAGAAGCUAGAAGGCGAGUAGCAAAAUAAAGAGUAAGGCAAGAGCGAAGAGAAGAAGAAAGAAGAUUAACAGAGCAAAAAUAACUAAAAUAAAGAGGAGGAAGUUGUUCUAGAAGGGCCAAUAGAAGAAUAUGAAAAAGUUGCUUCUCUUAUUGGAGGAGCUUUCCGUAAAAAGAAAUAAAGGGAAAAAGAAGAAGAGUAAUAGAAAAUUAAAUAAUAAUAAGAAUAGUAAUAAAAAUAGUAAAAUUAAAAAAAUGAAGAACCAGCUGUUGUGUUAGAUGGUCCAAUCGAAGAAUACAAAUCUGUAGCUAGUAAGAUAGAAAAUGCGUUCCUUAUGAGAAAGAAGAGGCAAAAAGAGAGAUAAGAAUAAGAGUAAAUGACAAAUGGCUAAAAUGUGAAAACAAAUGAAGAUAAUAAUGAUGCUUUAAAAAAGACAAGUCCCUCUAUGUUUAUAUCAUUUGGUGUUAAUGGUUAAAAUAAUACAAGCUAAAUGUCAAGCCAAUUUCCGAAUAAUAUGGAAGAAAGUAACACAAUGCCAGUAACAAUUAUAGAUGUAGGAAAAUCAAAUUAAAAUAAUGAAAUUAAAAAAAUUACUAACUCAACAGAUAUGCUAUUAGAUAAAAAUUCUAGCAGUAGUCAUUCAGCUAGUAAUCUUAAUGAAAAUUUGAAUAAUUUAAAGGAAGAAAAUAACAACCCCGAAGCAGCUACAUAAAAAUAAGGUGGAGCGACUGAAAAACAGAAGAAACCUGUUAAAAAGAAAGCAUAAGUACAGGCAAAUUUCAAAUUGAAUGCAAGAUACAAUUAAAAAUUAGGAUUUAAUGUCUGA